UGCUUCAGCAUCUGUGAGACAAAACCACUGAAGCAACUUCUCCAAAAGCGUGUCAGAGUUUUCAGCAGAACAGUUCUUUAAGACUGAACACAGAAUGUCUACAAGGAUGAUCCAGUCCAGUGGAAACAAAAAGGAGCAGAGCUCAGACUUCCACAUGUCUGCUUCCAGCAGCUCUUAUUCCAUCAGUUCCACGUGUCUGCGCAAGGUCACACACCUCUCCAAGGUGCUCGAGGAGCAGACUGCAGUGCAGCGUAAGACUUCUGCUGUGAUGGAGUCAUUCGUCCAGGUGCAGAAGAGCUCUGAAAUCCCUCCGGGAGAGAGUAUUCCUGAGUUUGAGGAGAGACCUCAUCCUGUUACAGCUCAGGAAGGGGAUAAUGCUGUCUUCAAAGCAAAAGUAUCUGGCAACCCCACUCAAAACGUGACCUGGGCUAGAGAAAGUGGCAAGCAGCUGACUGAGGGUGCAAAGACUUUCUACGAUGACAUAAAUAAGCAUUAUAUAUUAAAGAUUAAAAAUCUAAAUCUCGAGGAUGCUGAUGUGUACAAGUGCAUCGCAUCUAACAACCAUGGGGAUGCCAUUGUUUCCUUCUCACUGAUUGUUACUGAAAAUCCUGCACUGGACUUUAAGAAAAAGCUGAAGAAACGGAGUGUAGAGAAACGAGAGAAGAAGCCUCCAACUGAAGAGGAGAUGCUAAAGAUUUUGGCUGGAGCUGACAAAAAGGACUACGAGCGCAUCUGCGCUGAAUAUGGUUUCACUGACUUCAGAGGAAUUCUCAAAAAACUCAAGGAGAUGAAGAGAAAUGUGGAUGUGGAAAUGGUUAAAGUUCUGAAGCCUUUGGAGGACGUAACAGCAAAGGCAGAUUCCAAUGUUGUUCUUGACACCAUUUUGGAGUUGAAAGAUCCAAAUAUGAAGAUGCUUUGGUUUCAGGGCAACGAGUUGCUGCGGAUCCAGUACUCUCAUGGGAAGUAUGAAGUUAAACAGUUGGGUACUAAACACAUGCUGUGCAUCUCCAGUGUGUGUAUUGCCGACUCUGGCACAUACACUCUAAAGGUUGGAGAAAAGAUCCUGUCUGCUAAGCUCACUGUCAUAGAUGAACCGCUAAAGUUCGUCACAGAUCUGAAGCCUUUGCGAGUAAUGGAGAGACAGACUGCUGCAUUCGAGGUACGGCUCUCUAAGAAGACUGACAGCCCUUUGGUAUGGCAGUUUAAAGGGAAGGAGCUAAAACGAGAUGAGAAGUUUGAUGUGAGUGUGUCUGACGAUGGCUUAACAUACACUUUAAAGAUUAAGGAUGUGCGUCCCAGUGAUACGGGUGACUAUACAAUCAGCAUUGGGGAUCUGACUACUACAGCCUCUCUCUUUAUUGAACGAAUCCCUAUCAAGUUUGUGAGUCAUAUAAAGAAUGUACAUGUGAAGGAAAAGGGCAAGGCCAGGUUAGAGGCUGAGAUGAGCUCGAAGGAUGUACAUGUGAGGUGGUUAAAGGAUGGAAAAGACAUCACUAACAACCAACGAUACACCUUCAUGAAGGAAGGCAAAAGAGCUGAACUUAUCCUCGAAGACUGUGAGCUGUCAGACAGUGGAGAAUAUACCAUAAUGUGCACGCAAGAUAAUGACACCCAUGAGUAUUAUAGCUCCUCAAACCUCACUGUGGAUGAGAGAUUUGCCACAGUGAAAAGUGGAAUGUCAGAUGUUAAGUGUUCCACAGGCUCAGACACAGAACUUUGUGUGGUUUUGGAUGAUGAGAAAGUAGAUGGUGUCUGGCUAAAAGAUGGAAAAGAGUUGCAGAUUACAGAUCUGAGUGGGCUGCAGGUGAUAAAGCAGGGGGCAGUUCAUAAGCUGGUGUUCAAUAAUGUACAGGAAGUACAUGGGGGCAGAUACUCUUUUAUUGCUAAAGGAGCUGAGAGUGAGGCAGUUCUCCGUAUAGCAGACACUCCUGUUAUUGAUCACACAAUACUGGAAACACUAUCCAGCCAGCCGGUGACUGUGAAAGCUGGUGAAGCAGCAAUCAUCAGGAUCCCCUUCAAGGGCAAACCCCCCCCAAAAGUGGCAUGGUAUAGAGAUGGGUUGGAGCUGGUGGAAGACAGCCGAACUGUGAUCGAAUGCAAUGGCGCCUCCAGCACUUUGAUACUCAGUAAAUGUGUUAGAGAAGAUAGUGGUACUGUCACGCUUAAACUUAAAAGUGACUGUGGCUCAGCUGCUGCCACUGUACAGCUCAAUGUAAUUGACCGUCCUAAACCCCCUCAGGGUAAAGUGGAUUUUACGGAGUGUAGCAGCAAGUGCAUAACCAUGAAGUGGAAAGCACCACGAGAUAAUGGGGGGCAGAAGGUGACCAGCUAUGUUAUAGAGAGGCGCAUGGCUGGAAAAAAGUCCUGGACCAAGGUUGGAGAGGUGUACAGAGACACCACCACAUUCUGUAAUGACAACGUUGAGGAGGGAAAGGCAUACGAAUACCGCAUUAGAGCAGUCAACCCGCUGGGUGUGAGUGAGCCUUUAGAAACUGAGCAGGUCUUCGCUGGAGAGCCUAUUGAGCCUCCUGGUAUGGCUCCACAGCCUCAGAUUACUGAUGUGACUAAAGACGAGGUCACGGUUAUGUGGGUUCCUCCAGCGCAAGAUGGUGGUGCUCCUGUUUUGGGUUACAAUGUGGAGAGGAGAAAAAAAGGGAGCAGUAUGUGGGUGUCUGUCUGUAAAGAACUAAUCCAAGACACAAAGUGUACAGUAGGCAGUCUAGUAGAAGACAUGGAGUAUGAGUUCAGAGUAACUGCUGUUAACAGAGCUGGAGAGGGAAUUCCUAGUACAGUGUCAAACUCAGUACUGGCCAAAGACCCCACACGUGCCCCUGGCCUUGUUAGAAACCUUCACGUAACAGACUCAUCCAACACCUCCAUAUCACUAGCAUGGUGCCCCCCCGAGAUGGGAGAUGAUCCCUCUGGCUAUAUCCUAGAGGUUUGUUCUGAACAUGCAAAAGAAUGGAGCAAGUGCACCAAAAUUCCCAUCACUAGCGCCUCAUAUAUUGUUGGCUGCCUGCAAGAGAAGAUGAAGUACUUCUUCCGUAUCAGAGCUGUUAAUGAGGGUGGCAUUGGAGAACCGAUAGAAUUAGAACAAGGAGUUCUAGCUAUGCCACCACCUGAAUUGCCCAAGUUUGAUAUCCAGGCCAAGUUGAAGAACCACGUGGUGGUGCGUGCUGGAUGUGCACUAUGUAUUCCUGUUUCCUUUAGUGGCUCCCCUCCCCCAGAAGUGACUUGGCUUAAAGAUGGUACUGUGACCAAUGGUCGAGAGGUCAUAACUAAGAGGAAAAACUAUUCUCAGUUCUUCAUCAGCUCUUGCCAGCGUUCUGAUUCUGGAACCUAUCGUGUCAAACUCCACAAUAACUGUGGGGAGGUCCACUACAACAUCACUGUCCAUGUCACUGAUGUCCCUCGUCCUCCUAAAAACCUGCAUCUGGUGGAGGAGGUCCAGGGCACUGUCACUUUGCAGUGGAAUCAUACCCCUGACCUUGCUGAUGAUGAACACACCCAUUACAUCAUCCUUAAGAGAGACACCAGCACUCCCACCUGGUUUACAGCAGCCGAGUGCAUCUUCAGCAGCAAAUACACAGUCACUGGUCUUUUUCCAGGACGCAAGUAUUACUUCCGGGUCAUAGCUCGCAAUCACAUCGGGGAAAGUGACCCCCUGAACACAAAGGAACCUUUUACCAUUGAAAAGGAGAAUGAACACUUCAUUUUGCAUAUGAAUCCAUUUACACGUGCUCAGCAUGACGUCAAACCGGCCUUUAUUUUGCCGCUGAAGGAUCAUGCUGUGCACCUUGGAAAUGACUGUACCAUGAGCUGCGCCUUUCUCGGCUCACCCAUGCCGCACGUGUCCUGGUACAAGGGAGAUACUGCAAUCUCAGACAAUCCUCGUUACUGGCAGAGUAGCUCUGAUGGGGUCUGCACCCUGACAAUCCCCAUCUGUACAGCUCAAGACAGUGGAGAAUACAUCAUGGUGGUUGAGAAUAAGCUGGGCAAGGCCGAAUGCAAGUGCAAUCUGGUUGUUUUUGAUAAAGAUGAUAAUAGACUGCUUGAAUGCCUGACUCAGGAUUCUGGAAAAGAAAAACACAUUACCUAAGCAGAGUACAAAGCCGAUAAACUUAUCUGAGGUUCUCAGAGGUUUUAAUAAAAACAUUACUAAUUAUCAAAUCACAGACAGUUUUUUUUUAUAAAGAGCAUCUAGGCUGAAAUUUUAUUAGCAGAUAAAUUUAGUGAAAUUUUAAUUCUAUUGUGCAAUUCAUUAAAUUUAAAUAUCAUACUCAGGAAAAAAAUGCAGACAGAUGUAAUCAGACAGAAUCAGUUAUCAGUAAAUUGCACCACAUAGGAUUUUA